AUUCUUCUUGCGCACAGGUUCUGUCUACGCGCAUGCGCACCCCCGCCUCUCUCGCACGCAGACGCGGACACUUUCUGCCUGUCAAGACCUGUAAACAGUCGGCGGGUUAUGUCAGGAUCAACAUUCACGCACUUUCGUUUCAAUUUGAGUCGGGUGCGACCGUUCGUGAUGUUUUUGGACGGGUCAGCUGUGUGUAAUGUAAACUCGGUCAUCAGUUGAAUAUGUUUGUCUCUCAACUCUUGAAGUUUGAUGCGGUUCACAUGAAUGGUUUGUAAUAAUAAAAAAACACAGCCGUGAUGUACUGUAUAGUAGUAAAGCGUUCAUGCACGACACGUCGUUAAAGCGGCUUUAAUAAACUUAAAACGUCUAAAUCGUCAUUUCCUCAAUCUCGGGUGUGCAUGCUUUGUGCUAAAUCUGUGCAAGAGGAUAAAUCACACAUAUGUUGAAAUUAAAUCCCACGUUCGAUACCCGAAAAGAUGUCGUGUCAAGUAUCUUGGCGAAGGAGGAAACGGUCAGAGGGAAUAUAGGCGUUCUUGAUCCUCGCAUUCUGAACGUGGAAAAAGAUGGAAGUGUGGUGUACUCGUGGAGAGGGGCAACAGGCACUACAAGAAUUGGGAAAUAUGAUCCUCACAGUACAGAGAAUAAGCUUCUCUACACAUUUGACAAGCAGGUGUGUGUCAGCAGUUGCUCUUUAAAUAAAGAAGAAACCCUCUUGGCUGUCAGUCUAUCACAGACCACACAGGAAGGUGGCCGACUUAAACCAGUGUCAAAAUGUUUAACACUCCUCAUAGAGAUACACCCCAUCAACAACACAAAGGUCCUGAAGGCAGUGGACUGCAGAGUCAAAGUUCAGUUUCUUUAUCCUAAGACAUGCAGGACCACUGUGCUGGAAAGUCAUUUACUGUUGGCGGCAGAGGAUGGCUAUGUUGAUCAGUAUCACAUAACUCUAACAAGGCAGGAGGGGUACAGAGUGGUGAUGUUAAACCCGGAGCGUUUGGGAAGAGACAGAGUGGCAGAGGAAUUUAACUGGGUCCAGUGGGAUUCGGACACUCAAAGACUCUUUUACCUCACCUCACGGGAGAAACACACUUUGAAGUGUGUACAGUUUUACCCGGACCGCAACUAUGAGACUGUGUUUGAGCUUCCGUUGGAGAUGCCUAGCAUUACUUCGAUCACUUGUGUGAGGUUUGUUAAUUUCGGGUACGAUCACUAUAAGGAGAAGAAGGAGGAGGAGGGUCUCAGGUUAGAGGUGUUCACUGACCCAAUAGGGACCAUGUGUGUGUGCUACAGCCAUCCGGUGUGCUGGAAUAAGGACGCCACAUACACUAUUGCAUUUGUGCACAGAGGCUGCAGUAAGACGUUCACUGUAUCUCUAGAGAAAAGCGCUGCACCUGCGAAUGAGCCAAAGGUCUAUCCUAUCUUCAUUCAUCUGGGUUAUUACAUAGUGGUGUACCUGGCAAAUCAUUUCCUGCACCUGAUCAACUGCAGACAGCAAGACCUCCUCUGCUACAGUCUAUUUCUGUCAGGGGCAGAUGGACCUGAAGCUCUGGGUUCAGGCAGUGAGGUUGUAAGCGUGUCUGGCAGGAGGCUGCUUGAUGUCAGGGCUGGCAAAAUGUACACCAUGGAGCUCAACCAUGACUUCCUGUUUGAGCUGCUCAGUUUAGAGAAGCCUGAAGCUCAACGGCUUGCUGCACUGCACUGCCUGCUUGUCUACUUGCAACCAAAUCCUGUAAUAGAUCUCAAGAUUAUAAACUGGAUCAGUGAAAAUGUCAUGAGCUUUGAUGCUUUCGAUCAGAUUCAGGAAUUCAUUCUAGCAUCCCUGUACAGAAUAAGCUACCAGCAGUGUGUGAGCCUAGAUAAAGUGUUGCCGUACUCCUGCGUGUUUGAGAAAAAGGAGCUGCCCAUUGCUCUGACUGCAAUCCCUGGAGUUAAAUGUACUCCUGAAUUGCUCUGUCAACCACUUAUCAAGGGGAAGGGUAAGAGCUUGCAUGGUUACUGGGAGGAGCUACAUCACGUCUUGGACAGGAUGAGAUACUUUGAGGCUGUACCAGGCCUACGAUUUAGAACCACUUUAAUUAAAGAGGAGUGGGGCAGAUUUCAGGCAUCCAUGCACAACUCGGAAAAAAAGAAAUCCCCGCGCUAUAAUCGGCACAUCGAGGAGAACACCAAAAAAGUUUUAUCCAUGGUGGACACCUGGCGAUUGGACAGGCGUGUGGUUCCACUGUUUCAGGAGGAAGACCAACAGCAGAGGGCACUGGUAGGCCUGAUGGUGGACAAGCUCCGAGAACACUUGAACAGGCAUUUACCACGACUGGGGAAAAAAAAGAUUGAUCUGCUUGUGGUGAACUAUGCGGCAAAGCUGUUGGAACUGGUCUGGCAUCUGUUGGAAUUGGUGUGGCAGAAGCUGGAGUUGGGUCCUUGGGUGCUUUGCCUGAAACAACAGGGGUGUUCAGAGGAGUGGGCAAUGUUUCAUAUGAUGUUUCGCAUUCUAGAAGCCACUAAAGGGCUCUGUUUCCCCCUCCCUCCAGGUUAUUCUACACUGUUGAGUGUGCUUGGAGUGCGCUGUCUCCCACAGCACACUUUUCUCCAGUAUGUGGAUCACGGACUUUUGCAGCUCACUGAACCGUUUGUUUCACGCCUUAUGACAGAUCUAGAUAACAGUGAUGCCAAUGAGCAACUGAAGUUCAGCAUUUUAAAGAGACUUCCUGAGUGUAUGAAGCAGAAAGUGAGCCAGCAGUGGGACCACCCCAUCACAUCUGCAUGGAUUUCCAGAGAAUAUGUCAAAAUGCUACUGGAAAAGUAUCCAGAGAACAGGGACUCUAUAUCGCUAGACAACGGUAAGAUGUGUUUCCAUGCCGAGUUUCUGCCUCUGAACUACCUCGCCAAAAUCCUCUCAGAUAGGGAAGAACAAGCCGAGAACCCUUUUGAAGAGCAGGAGAAUGUGGACGUCAGGUUUGUGGAGGAGACUGCCUUGAAGCAAACCCUGAUCAAGCUGGGCUUCGAAGUGAAAUGAAAACAGGUUGGGGACCAAAAAGGGAAACAUGUAGACUGCAAUCAUUUCUUCAAAUCUUCAAUGUAAGGCACAUUGACCUGCUGACCCAAGCGUAUCUCCUAGCUGAAGGUCUGUUCUAAAAAUAAUGUCCAUCUGGGUGCAAAAAUGUGAUUGACUUAUGGGUACGUAUGGGUGAAAUUAUGAAUUGGCAAUAUUUGCGAAACGCACAGAUGCCAUUGGAAUGAGCACCGAUAAAAGGGAUUUUAUACCAGAUGUUAUGUGGGGUCAAUCUUGUGUACAUAUGUAACAAUAAAUAAAAAACCUUUAUACUCA